UGGCUGAGGAGUGUGCAGAGUGAGGAGAUUGGCUGAGGGAGAGUGUAACGUCACCACCAGUGAGGGGAAGCUCUGAGGAUGCUCCAGCAAGCUGGAAGGGAGCACAUUCACUUGGAAUUUAUGCUGAGAGCUCAGCCGUUGUUAGCUGUGCGCUAAAAAAGGGAGUCCUCCGCAGAGAGCUUUUCCACACCCGACCGCCACUUCGCUCUCCGGCUCCAGCCAUGAAUUACUUGCGACGGCGUCUCUCGGACAGCACAUUUAUCUCCAACCUGCCCAAUGGCUACAUGACAGACCUUCAGAGGCCUGACCCUGCUCAGCCUCCUCCACCCACUACCACCGCCCCUGCCAAGUCCCCCGUAGCCGGGCCCACGCCUCCAGCCACUUCCCCUGCUCCAGACAAAAAAGCUCAGCCAGCUCAAUCCACCGGAGCUGGUUUCUUCAGCUCGAUCACCAACGUUGUCAAGCAGACGGCUGCCUCGGCGGGGCUAGUGGAGCAAAGCUCAAUCACGACACCCAAGAAGUUCAAGAUUCUCCUGGUCAUCGAUGAACAGCAGCAAGAGUGGGCAAAGUUAUUCCGGGGGAAGAAAAUAUACGGAGAUUACGACAUCAAAGUGGAACAGGCGGAGUUUAGUGAGAUCAACAUCAUGGCUCAGGCCAGUGGGACAUGCAGCGUUACAAUGCAGGGUUUCAGAAAUGGAACCAAGGUUGUCAGGUCAUUCAAGCCAGACUUUGUGCUUAUUCGCCAACAUGCCUUCAGUAUGACCCAGAAUGAAGAUUUCCGCAACAUCAUAAUCGGUCUGCAGUACGGAGGCGUUCCAAGCAUUAACUCUUUGGAGUCCAUCUACAAUCUGUGCGACAAGCCCUGGGCGUUUGCCCAACUUAUCAACACAUUCAGAAAGUUGGGCGCUGAUAAGUUUCCACUGAUUGAGCAGACCUUUUAUCCAAACUACAAGGAGAUGGUGAGCAUGCCAUCUUUCCCUGUGGUUGUCAAGAUUGGACAUGCCCACUCUGGAAUCGGAAAGGUAAAGGUUGACAAUCACAGUAAGUUCCAGGACAUAGCUAGCGUCGUGGCUCUCACCCAGACGUAUACCACCACUGAGCCUCUUAUUGAGUCCAAGUAUGACAUCAGAAUCCAGAAGAUUGGUGCAGACUACAAAGCCUAUAUGAGAACAUCUAUGUCAGGCAACUGGAAGACCAACACUGGCUCUGCUAUGCUGGAACAGGUGGCCAUGACUGACAAAUACAAGCUGUGGGUUGACACCUGCUCAGAGAUUUUUGGUGGUCUGGAUAUUUGCGCAGUCAAGGCCAUUCAUGGAAAGGAUGGAAGAGAUUACAUCACAGAGGUGGUGGGCUCAUCCAUGCCGCUGGUGGGGGAGCAUCAGUCUGAGGACAGACAGCUCAUUUCUGACAUGGUGCUGAGUAAAAUGAAUCAGAUAGCGGAGAAGGAAGCAAACGUCCCCCAGAAACCCAUGACCAUGCAACCAUCCCAGGGUACGGGCCAGAAAGGGGAAAUAAUAGGUGAGACCGUGAAGAAUGGUGCUGGCCACCCUCCUCAAGGUUGUCUGCAGUACAUCCUCGACUGUAAUGGUGUCGCUGUGGGUCCCAAACCGGUCCAGGCUAACUGAGGAGGCGGAGGCGUUCUCAGAAUCAGUGAUGUACCUUAAGACGAACACAAGCGUGUGUGGAUGCCGAUAGCUAGGAUCACAACUGGGGGACCUGGUGCUCAGCUCACUAUAGCUGAGUGACGCCCUGGACUGUGUUUUUAACUCCAUGCAGAGUCCAAAUGUACUGUCUCCCGUGUUGAUUUGUGUGCUUGUAUCAGUCAUGUGUUUCAGUAGCUGUGGAUUUUCUUUGGAGCUGCUGUGGAUGAUGUAAGAAGCAGAUUGUGCCUACACUGAGUUCAGUGCCGCUCUGUGCUACUUGUUUGACCAGCUGUGAGCCUUUUAUUUCAACUUUUUCUGUUUUAUACUUGGCUGUGUAUCCUCAAUGGUGUUCAAACUGUGGAACGUAGUUCGUAAUAUGUAUACAGUACUUGGGUACGUAUGGCUUUGGUGAUUAUUUUCAUAAAUAUAAUGAUAAGAUAUUUACUUUUGUUUUGCAUGACUGAUACAAAAGAGGGAUGUUCUUGUAACAGUGUGGUUCUAAGAUGUGUUCCCUGUUAUUCAUGCAUUGAAAUUGUGUUCACGACCAAACAUGCAUUAACACAAUGAUCUCCAACAUAAAUCAAUCACUUCUUCUGUACUUCUAUCACAGUGACAGAAAAAAUAAAUAAAUGUGAAAAUGUGUAAUUAAAAUUCAAGAUUUUAGAUUAUAUUAUGAAGGAUGUUGUGCAGAUGUCAUUGCACACACAUCUUAAAUAUAUUUGUAUGACUUUGAUCCAAAGAUACAAUUAUUAGAAUUAUUUAUUAACCCGUGAUGUAAAUAUAUCCACAAGGUUGCUAAUAAUCCUGCAGUUUGUCAUUACAGCUGAACCCUCAAAAUAAUAGUUUAGUGUGUGACCAAUCAUAGACCAAGAGUACAAGGCUAUAUUAAAUGGGUCUUCUCUAUUUGCGUCCUUUUAGAGUAUGUCCAAAGUCAAAUCCACCACAAAAUGUCCUUCUGUGACCAUGCACUGGGUAUCUAUGAUGGUGUUGCCAUGACAACAGUGCAAGUGCUUUGAGGGUUAGCGUUGACUUGUUACUGCUGAGUUUAUCACACUCCUCUCGUGAGUGGAUAGAGAGUGCAAUAUUUAUUUUUUAUUGUUACAUAUGUAAUUGAAAUGAGCUCUCCCAUGAACUUGAUUCAAAUAGCUGUUGUCAUCCAAAAAAUCUUCACGUAAAUGUGACAGGUUUUUUUUUUUUUUUUUUUUAUCUUGCCCUGUAUCCCAUUCCAUUUAAAGCUAAAUAGUGAUACAACUGAAAUAGCAACCAAAUCAUCUGCAAAAAGAAAUUUGCACAGAGAAGUACCAUGAUAAAAAUAAAUCUGUUCUGCAAGCUCUGUGUGCAGUUGUUUUCAAAGUUGUAUCAAAUGUGUCUGUGAGAGUAUCCUUGUACAAGCCAUGCCUGAGGCUUUAUGGAUGUGUUGUACUGUUUACUAGGAAUAAUGCCAUGACAUUGAUUUUUAAGGGAGCACACACUGCAGUACCAAAAGUAUGACUAAAGUGGACAUGUUUUUUGGCUUUAAUGUUCAUAUAAAACCUAUUCAGACCUGCCGGUCUGUAAUUAUUAUGGUUCAUGGUCGAUGAAUCGCUACUGGAUUGUUUCAACCUUGAUUGGAAUACAUUGGAAUACAAUAUAUUGUGGAAGGAUUCAUAAAUGCUAGUCCCCUCUGUC